CUUGAGGAAGGAGCUGCCCAUUCACUAGGGAUUGGGCAACUGGUACUAUCACGAAUUUGCCAUCUGCAAAUUUGCUCUCUUCUCUUUUUCCUCGCGCAUCAUCGCGAAUCACUUCUUGCCUUGGCUGCAACGCUUUGCUCACCUCUCAAGGGUUGGUUGAGCUGUGUAUACCACUGGCAUCUCUCUGUCGUCCUAUUCUUCGCCGUCGUCUCUCCAGGGUCUCUCGCGCAAACUCAGAGCUUUCGCCAUCCAAAAAGAAGCAGAGAAGCUGCUCCGAGCUUUACUUGAUCAACCUUGCUAGGGCUUAUAUCUUUGCUCUGGCUCGAGUAUUUCUUUGGACCUUCCCAUCGGACCCUUGAUAUCGGGUCGUCAUUCUCUUCCCCGAUACGGCACCUUUCGCCGUCGGCGCAUUACACCCUCUAUUACUCGACAGAUUGCGAUCGGGACUCUUUACGAUUCCGUCACAUCUUUGUCUACCUAUUUCAGCCGUCAAUUGCAUCUUAAAGUACACUGCGUUCGCAUUGCAUUGGAUUACAUUGCUGGCUUGCCUUGCACCACGUACUAAGAUACCAGCCGACGCCUCUUUUGUACUUCUAUCGUCUAGGACGUUCGUCGAACCCUUGGGAUCGCCAUUAGUUUAAAGACAGCUGCCUCCCGUCUGUCAAUUCAGCUUUCAAUCUCGAGCUUCUCAGCACGCUGAUCACACUUGUCCUGUGGCUUUUGAGUUUUGCUCAAUUUUUGAAUACCUUUUUGUCGCAUAGUCAUUGUCAACUUAGUCUUCAAGAUGGGUUGGAUGGACAAGACCAACCGCAAGAUUGCGGCCAGUCCUGUUGGACGUUGGUUCCAACUCGAGGGUUCCGGUCAUCCUCGUGAGCGCAAGGGCUCUCUCUUCUUCACUGAGAUCCGAGCUGGUCUCGCCACCUUUUUCGCUAUGGCCUACAUUAUUGCUGUCAACUCCUCGAUUGUUUCUGAAUCUGGUGGUCCAUGUGUUUGCCCUACUUACAAGGACGGCGCUUGCGUCCCCGACGAAGCUUACCAGCUGUGUGUUGCCGAGGUCAAGCGUGAUGCUGUCACUGCUACUGCUGCCAUUUCUGCUCUGGCUACUUUCUUCAUGGGUUUGCUUGCCAACCUUCCCGUCGGUCUCGCUCCCGGUAUGGGUCUCAAUGCCUACUUCACCUACACCGUCGUUGGCCCCAGCGGCUCUGGCCCCGUCCCUUAUGAGCUUGCCCUUACAGCCAUCUUCAUUGAAGGCUUCAUCUUCUUCGGUCUUGCUCUCUUCGGUAUGCGUCAAUGGCUUGCUCGCGCCAUCCCCCGCUGCAUCAAGCUCGCCACUAGUGUCGGUAUCGGUCUGUUCUUGACGCUCAUCGGUCUCACUUAUAGCGAGGGUAUCGGUCUGAUCGUUGGUGCCGUUUCCACUCCUAUGGAACUCGCGGGUUGUGAGUCGCAAUAUCGGGACCCUGACACCGGUCUGUGCCCUUCCUCGCAGAAGAUGAGAAGUCCUACCCUGUGGAUCGGUAUCUUCUGUGGCGGUAUCUUCACCGUAUUGCUCAUGAUGUACCGCGUCAAGGGUGCCAUCAUUGCUGGUAUUCUUCUUGUCAGCAUCAUCUCCUGGCCACGAGACACCCCCGUGUCAUAUUUCCCCUACGAUGCCCUUGGUGACGACCGAUUCAACUUCUUCAAGAAGGUUGUCGAUUUCCAUGAGAUUAAGAAGACCCUUAACGUCCUCCAGUUCAACAUUUCUGGUCACAGUGGUCAGUUCGGUCUUGCGCUCAUCACCUUCUUGUAUGUCGAUAUCCUGGAUUGUACCGGUACUCUGUAUGGUAUGGCUCGUUUCGCCAACCUCGUCGACCCCGUUACUCAGGACUUUGAGGGCUCCUCAAUUGCCUACAUGGUUGACGCCCUCAGCAUUUCCAUUGGCGCUGUUUUCGGUGUUCCCCCUGUCACUGCUUUUGUCGAGUCUGGCGCCGGUAUUUCUGAGGGUGGAAAGACUGGUCUGACCGCCAUGGUUGCCGGCAUCUGCUUCUUCAUUUCCAUCUUCUUUGCGCCCAUUUUUGCUUCCAUCCCCCCCUGGGCUACCGGCUGCGUUCUGAUUCUUGUUGGUUCCAUGAUGGUUGGCGCGGUUACUGAGAUCAACUGGCGUUACAUGGGUGAUGCCGUUCCUGCUUUCCUCACCAUUGCGAUCAUGCCUUUUGCGUACUCCAUUGCUGAUGGUCUGAUUGCUGGUAUCUGCACAUAUAUAUUGAUCAACACCGUCGUUUUGGUUAUCAAGGUUGUUUCCGGUGGUCGUAUUGUGCCUCCCAACUAUGAGGAGAGAGAUGGUUGGACUUGGCGCAUUCCCGGUGGUUUCUUGCCCCCUUGGUUGAACCGUCUGGCCCACGGAAAGAAGGACUUUUGGCGUGAGGAGUUCCCCCCUGCUGCCAAUGACACUACUGUGAACCAAAACGCUGUUCCCGAGGAGACUGGUUCUGAUCAUGGUGGAUCCGUGGGCGGUAAGGUGCCUGAGACUACUCUCCCCCGUGAGAAGGAGACUUGAAAGGAUUUGGAAGAGAUUAUGGUUACUUGAAAAUGUUAGUAUGUUGAGUGAAAAGUAGGAGGAUCUGGAAGAUACGAUACCCAAGAAAACAAUAACAUCAUGAUGUUCUGUUUGAUAUACUCGACCUGUCCCUGCAAGUGAUGUCUCGGAAAGAUGUGUCGCCCCGA